AUGUUCAGAUCCGUAGCAUCCAGCUUCCGUGUCGGAGCCAGAGUGUUGGCCAAGACGCGUCCUAGUCUCACCAGAGCCUAUGCCGUGUUUGACCGUUCCAAGCCUCACGUCAACAUCGGUACCAUUGGCCAUGUUGACCACGGUAAAACCACCUUGACUGCCGCUAUCACCAAGGUGUUGGCCGACAAGGGUGGUGCCAACUUCUUGGACUACGGUGCCAUUGACAAGGCUCCAGAAGAAAGAGCAAGAGGUAUCACCAUCUCCACCGCCCACGUGGAGUACGAGACUGAGAAGAGACACUACGCCCACGUCGACUGUCCAGGUCACGCUGAUUACAUCAAGAACAUGAUUACUGGUGCCGCCCAGAUGGACGGUGCCAUCAUUGUUGUCGCCGCCACUGACGGUCAAAUGCCUCAGACCAGAGAGCACUUGUUGUUGGCCAGACAGGUUGGUGUCCAGCAGUUGGUUGUUUUUGUUAACAAGGUCGACACCAUCGACGACCCAGAGAUGUUAGAGUUGGUCGAGAUGGAGAUGAGAGAGUUGUUGACUCAGUACGGUUUCGACGGUGAUGAAACUCCUGUUGUUAUGGGUUCCGCUUUGUGUGCUUUGGAGGGUAAGCAGCCAGAGAUUGGUGAGCAGGCCAUCAUGAAGUUAUUGGACGCCGUUGACGAGUACAUUCCAACCCCACAGCGUGACUUGGAGCAGCCAUUCUUGAUGCCUGUUGAGGAUGUGUUCUCUAUCUCCGGUAGAGGUACCGUUGUCACUGGUAGAGUCGAGAGAGGUUCCUUGAAGAAGGGUGAGGAGAUUGAGAUUGUUGGUGCUUUCGACAAGCCUUUCAAGACCACCGUUACCGGUAUUGAGAUGUUCAAGAAGGAGUUGGACGCUGCCAUGGCUGGUGACAACGCUGGUAUCUUGUUGAGAGGUGUCAAGAGAGAUGAGGUUUCCCGUGGUAUGGUCAUGGCCAAGCCAGGUACCGUCACCUCGCACAAGAAGGUUUUGGCUUCUUUGUAUAUCUUGUCCAAUGAAGAGGGUGGACGUCACUCUCCAUUUGGUGAGAACUACAAGCCUCAGUUGUUCUUGAGAACCACCGAUGUUACUGGUACUUUGAGAUUCCCAGAGGGCCCAGAUGUGGACCACUCUGCCAUGGUUUCUCCAGGUGACAACAUCGAGAUGGAGAUUGAGUUGGUUAGAAAGACUCCUUUGGAAGUCAACCAGCGUUUCAACAUCAGAGAGGGUGGUAAGACCGUUGGAACUGGUUUGGUGACCAGAAUCAUCGAGUAA